CCGGGAUUGUGGGCAGAGCAGAUGUCCUUGCGUGUGUAUUCUUCCUUGUGUCCUUCCUGGCCUAUCAUGGCAAUUCCAGCGGAAAAUGCCGGAUAUGGGUCAGCGUGCUUCUGGGCGGUCUCAGCAUGCUAUCGAAAGAAACCGGCGUUACCGUUUUCCUUCUCAACCUGCUUUACGAUUUCUACCUGCAUUGGCCUGAUAUCAGAUGGAGUUUAACCGAAAUGAAGUGGAAUCCAGAGACAAUGAGGUUUACAAACAGAGCGG